GCGAUACUACGCCUCGAAGCCAACGAGUCCGUGUUCGUAGCAGCCCACACGUCUGCGGGUAAGACAGUCGUGGCUGAGUACGCUAUAGCACUAGCGGCGCAACACAUGAUGAGAGCUAUCUACACGUCCCCCAUCAAGGCCCUGUCCAAUCAGAAGUUCCGCGACUUUAAGGAUACGUUUGAGGACGUUGGCUUGCUCACAGGUGAUGUGCAAAUAAACCCGGAGGCGUCGUGUCUGAUCAUGACCACAGAGAUUCUGCGGUCAAUGUUAUACAGAGGAGCCGAUCUGGUGCGCGAUGUCGGAUGGGUGAUAUUCGAUGAGGUGUGUGCGUGGAUGGGGAAUGCGUUUGUGCAGCAGUGA